AUGAACUCUCCUGCUGAGAAAGAGGUGGAUCCACAGAUACGUUCCCGUAGCAACAGCCCCAACAUGGCUGCCUGGAACAGCAAUGGUUCACAGAACUCCGUGGCCCACCUCGACCCCCUCAAGGGCACCGUCCUGAGGGACAGCAUGGGGGGAGGAAAGGGGGGAGAGAGGGGGAAAGACCUGUCCAGGGAUGACCUUGUGUUCCUCCUCAGUAUAAUGGAGGGAGAGCUGCAGGCCAGAGACGAGGUGAUCACGGUCCUGAAAGCAGAGAAGAUGGAUUUGGCUCUGUUGGAAGCCCAGUAUGGCUUUCUCACCCCAGUAGAAGUGCUCCGGGCCCUGCAGAGAGACUCACUCCAGGCCCAGGCUUCUGAGGCCCAGGAGGCCCCACAGCAGGAUGUCUACGAGAAAUCCAUGGCUGAGCUGGACCGGCUGGUGGAGACUGGAAAGCAGAGCUACAGGCGGAUGCUGGAUCAGCUGCUGCAGGUGGAGUGCUCCCACAGUGGCGCCCUCUGCAGGCUGGAGGAGCAGGACCAGCAGCACCGUGCCUUCCUGCAGCGCAGCGAUGACCUCACCUGUCUACUGGAGCAGGACCGCGAGAGGUCAGUGACACCCACCGACCGCAACAAACCCGUGUUGGAAAUGCUACCUAGGCUAAGAGCAGGGGCUCUACCAUAUUAG